AUGAAUAUGAUACUUUACUUAAACUUUAUUCUGCGUUAAAAGAUGAAAACGAACAACUCAAGAAUAAAGUUAAACAAUUGGAAAAAUCAACUCAUAUGUUUACAAUCAUUGACAAACAAGAGUACUUACGCUAUGGACGUCAGCUUAUUCUUCCUGAUUUUGGCAUUUCGGGUCAACUUAAACUUAAGAAUAAAUCAAUAUUAAUUGUUGGAGCCGGCGGUUUGGGUGCACCUGCAGCAUUGUAUCUUGCAGCAGCUGGUGUUGGCAAUUUGGGUAUCAUAGAUUAUGAUUCAGUGGAAUCAUCAAAUCUACAACGUCAAAUAAUUCACAAUGAGUCAAGAACUGGUAUAUCUAAAGCUCAGUCUGCAAAAAUGACUAUACAAGGAUUGAACUCACUGUGCGAAUGUGUUGCAUAUGAUCUCCUUUUGGAUAGUUCAAAUGCACUUGACAUUAUAAGAAAAUAUGAUAUAGUCGUUGAUGCAACUGAUAACGUCGCUACUCGCUAUCUUCUCAACGAUGCAUGUGUUCUAACUGGCAAGCCUUUGGUGUCUGGUAGCGCUUUACGUAUGGAUGGACAAUUAACUGUGUACAAUUAUCGUGGAGGACCCUGUUAUCGAUGCAUAUUCCCAAAGCCUUCACCACCGGAAAGUGUUUUAAACUGUGAUGAUGGUGGAAUUUUGGGUGUUGUGACAGGAGUGAUCGGAUGCUUACAAGCUUUACAAGCAAUAAAAAUUGCUGCUGAUAUGAAUGGUGAAUAUAUUUCUCAUCUAAUUGAUGAUCAUCCAGCUAUAACAACAUUGCAAGAUUAUGUUCAGUUUUGUGGCAGCGGUGCAUUGGACAAGUCACCCUUAGUGAAAUUACUCGGUGAUGACGAAAGAAUAGAUCCAAAGUCUUAUUUUGCUUUAAGAGCCAAAGGCAUCCCACAUGUCCUUAUUGAUGUACGUGAGUCUGUUCAGUUUGAUAUUUGUAAUUUACCUGGCUCACUGAAUAUCCCAUUAAACGAACUUCCUAGAAAAGUGGACUUGAUACAACAAUCUUUACCAUCAACUGCAGCACCAGGUGUGAUUUUAAUGAUAACAUUGGGUAAUGACUCUCAACUUGCUGUUCAAGCAUUAAAAAAGACUUUACAAGGAGAAAUAAAGGAUGUUAUUGGAGGAUUAUAUCGGUGGGCUAAGGAUAUCGAUC